AUGUCUGACCGCCGCCCCCAUCAGCCCCAGUUCACGGGCAACAACCCGCCUGCCGCCAACGACGAUUGGAGCCACAGCAUCCUGGCUGCUCGCAUCGACUAUCCGCACGGCCGUCUUACCAACGUCAACAAUGGCCGUGGAGCCACGGCUACUCAUGGCCCCAAUGAACCCACUCGAGGCAACCCGCCGCCGCACCCAAUGCCCGUCCAGUACCCGCUGAGCAACACGUCCACCAUCUCGCACCGUGCCGUGUCCACCACCCACCACCACCCCAGCGGGGCCCAGCGCUUCCCCCACGGCCAGUACAGCCAGAGCCAGCAGCCACACGACGCAAUCGCCCUCAACCCUCCCCCCGUAAUGCCACGCCACCCUGCCGCCGCCCCUGGCCCGGCGCAGCAGCCUUCAGCAUGCGAAGUCAUCUUCCCCUGCUGCAACAAGGGCUACAAAAGCGAGUUCGCGCGGCGGCGGCACCAGCGCGAGAGCCCGGAGUGCCCGUACUGGACCGGCGAGAUCCUGAGCUUCUCGUGCCCGUUCUGCCCGACGCAGCCGAAGCGGCGAGCGGCGCUGGUGCAGCACGUGCAGGAGCGGCACAAGCAGACGAAUCAAGAGGCGAAGGACCUGGUGCAUGCGUGGUACAACCGGGAUGGGAGCGUGAGGGGGCUUUGA